CCCCAAGUCCCUUUCUUGCCUCUCUCUGAGCAGAGACAGGAAAAGCGAGAAGGGGCUGGUGCUGGAGAGGUUGUGAGUGCCCUGCUGAAGGGCAGCUUAGUGCGGGGAACUGAGCACUUUUCUCCUCCAUACACAAGGUGAAAUGUACUCCAUGACAGACUGUGCCUGGGCGGUGCAGGCGGGGAGGGCCCGUGGCAAUGAAUCCAGCCAUUUUGAUGACACGAGACCAGAAGUCAGUGAUGGUGUGUCAGGAUGAACAUGCUGGCCUCCGUGCACAGGCAUUUCCAACAGACGAGCGAUUGUUUGCAAUGCAUUAGGCAGCAUCCACAGAUCCCGGAAAUCUUCCAGGCGGCUGUCCUGGAGCUGCGUAACCGGUGCACAAUCCUCCCGGCGUUCCUGAGAGCCGCCCAGCAGAGUCUUAUGGGCCGGUCGACGGUUGUCAAUUGUGUAUCAACCCAACCAGGGUUCAACUUGGAGCUGGGCUGUCUGCCUUUAGGCGCUUACACUACCCAUAAAGAGAAGUUAAUUCUGAAAUCAGUGGCGAUUCGGCGCACUGUCUCGGGGCAAAUCUCUUCCCCGGGAUGGGAGAAGCCUGAAGAAAUGACUUGGAAGGGCUGGACGCCUCCCGAACAGUCGAGUGGGAAGCACAGGCAGCGUCAAUCAGGACACAGUUAG